GUAUCAGACUGGGGACUCUUCAGGACUGUGUGUGUGUCUGCCAUCCAAAACUGAAGGGGAAUGCCCGUCUCUGCCUGUCUGCUGCGUUUUCCCACCUGAAAGCAUCGCUGAGGGAUGAUUUCUUAGGUAACCUGUAAUAAGUCUGAAAUAGCAUUUAUAGCAAGAAAACAGUGGGUUCUCCCCCAUCCCCUUCACCCAGGCACCCCAAGGGAUGUCUGCUUGGGCUGUAAUUAACGCUGAGACCAGACAAGCAAACUUGAUGAGUACUUAUGUCUGGAUUAGUACUAAAGUGGUGAUUCUCACCAAGACAUAGUUCUCUUGGCUGGCACUUAGCAUUGCUGUUAGUUGCUUCUCAGGUAGACCUGCAAGACAUCAAACAUAAAUGUUAGAUUUCACAGUCUAAUGAACUUUUCUGUUUACUAAUUAGUUUUGAGUCCACAAAGCCCUUGAAAUAGCAGCCUAUCCUACACAGUGUGCUUCAGCCAAACCCAGAGCAUCCACCAUGAUGAAAGUACUGAGCAUUGCACCAGUCCCUUCCUUCAGUGGGAUGCCUGAGCUCAGGUGAUGAAAGUCAGAGGUACAGAGCCCUCCCUCUGACCACCAUGGAGGCUACAGCUCACAGCCAGCAGGAGGCAUCGAUCCCUUCCAGCACAGAGACAGAGGAAGACCUUGCCUUCAAGUUAAAUGCUGCUGUGAGGGAUAGUAAUAAAAAAGAUGUGCUGGAGCUGCUGGAGAAAGGGGCAGAUGUGAACUCCAAAGCAGAAAGUGGCUGGACACCACUGCAGAGUGCCGUGCAAGCUAAUGAAGAGGACUUGGUUAUGAUUGGCAAACUGAAGACUCAAUAUAUCCAGCAGAGAAUUCAGAAUACUUCUCAAGGUGGCAUCUACCUUGGGAUCCAUAGUGGGACAGAGGUGGCAGUAAGAAUAAGCUCCAGUACAGAGGGUGACAAAGAGAAAAGGUUCUUUGAACAAUGUAGUAACUGUGAACUGAAGCUCUUCCGGUUUGAGAAAGCAGAAGGCUACGUGUACUUACGCUUCCCCCUCUGGGAGAAAAAUCUUGAACAACAUCUGCAGGAACCAGAAGGCCAAAUGGAUUGCAAAGGUGCUCUGAGGAUGAUCUUCCAGGCAGUGAGGGAGCUGCACUCCCUUGGAUUUGCUCACCAGGAUCUGCAUCCCAGAAACUUUUUGAUAGAUUUAGGUGGCAGAAUUUACCUUGCUGACUUCAAUAAUAAAAGGAGGUUGAUUGAAGACAAACAAGAGCUUGUAAACUCAGAUUUAGAGGCCCUCAGCAGUCUUGUGCUGUAUGUUUUAACAGGGGGUAGGAAGCCCCUUCAGCAAGUCAGUGCUGAAGAUUUAGUUGCUGAUUCCCCAGAUUACAAGGAGGCUCUGGAUCUUGUAAGUAGCCUGGUGUCUCAUGAUGAACGAGGCUUGGAAGGUUUGAGCAUACUUCCGUAUUUCUGGAGCAAACAGAUCAGGUUCAAUUUCCUGAAGACUAUAUGGAAUAAAGUCAAAGAUCUCCACAAUCAGAAAGCUGUCUUUCAAGCUCCUAAUGCUACUGAAAGUUUUCCUUGUCCAUGGUGGACCAAGGAAAUUAACAGAGAUGUUCUGAACAUCAUGGAAAAUCCCAAGAAAGGAAGAUCAUUCAAAUAUAGCAACAACGUCAGUGACCUACUGAGGUUCAUCAGAAACCUGAAUGAACAUCCAGAUAUCAGGAUCAGCAACAAAACAGGAGACCAUGCUGAAUAUUUCCUGAAGCUUUUUCCAGCACUUACCAUUUAUGUGUACAACAGUUUAUGCCAGAAUCCUGAAUACAGUCACUUUGCAGACAUUCAGUACUCUUUUCUGUAGGAUGUCAUUGCCUCCUGUCCCAUGUCCAAUCCCACCAUCGCUGCCUCAUUUUAUGCCCUAUUUCUUCGUCUGCAAAGGAGUGAAGAAAGUGGGUAAGGAGAUGGGAGAGAGCAGAUGCAGGGACAGAGUGUGCAGGACUUAAGCUAAGAAACUGAAGAUGCUUUCGAAGUGUUUGGUGUAACAGGUUUUGGAGAGGAACCAAGUUGAGUGCCAACCCAUGUCCCCCUUGACUACUCCAUCCCUCUGGACUUAACCUGCAUCUGUAAGGUACAGAUCAAGGCCCUGAUCCUUAUGGAGAGCAGGGAGAUGUGGGACAGCCCCCAUAAACCUGAUGUGUCUGAGAGGCAAGAGAAGAGCUCGGGCAUUGCCAGAUGACAUUGGACUCUGCUAAAGGAAAAAGUUCAAACUCCUUGCUAGGGCAAAUAUUCCCUACAGUUUGUACUAAUGAGCUGCUCAUCUAACCCUAGAAAGACAAGAAUCCUCUCUUUUCAGUCUUUCUGAAACACAGCAGCCAUAAGAUGCCUAGGCAACGGCUCAUUAUUCAUCUGAUCUGUUAAAGGUGCACUCAGGCCAGCCUGCUGGGACCUGAAGGACUUCUUUUGAGGAACACAGGAGAUGUUUCCACAAGGAAUGGGUGCAAGGAGCACAAUUCCAUGAAACUGCUACUGUUCCUGACUCAGCUGAAGAAGGUCACUGACAUCAAAGGGACUCCAGGGACUGGUUCCUCCUGGAAAGGACAAGCUCUGUUGUGGCAGGCUGCAUCUGCAAGGCUUCAGCACUUCUGUCUCCAAACCAGUGCCACUGCUGGGGUAUUACUGUCCUGCUAGAUUUGGCUCACUUCCACAGUGCUGGUGCCCAUACAGCUGCAGCAUGCAGCCACAUCAGAGGUCUUGUAUUGGAGGCUCAUAGCACAAACCCAUUUCUGAAAUCCUACAGCAUGCAAUGUGUGUCUGAUUGUCCAAGGGCUUGCUUGUUUCUCCACUAAUGCUCUGAUUUGCACAAUGAUUACAUGUUGUGUAUGGAAAUAUUUCUCAGCUGUUGAAAAGAUUCCUUAAUUUUUUUCAGACUGAGAUUGUUAUUCUUUCAAUUAGCCUGUGGAGACCCAAACUUGGAAUAAACUUGCCUGGAAAACUGA